AUGAACUCACCAACCCCCCUCCCCAAUGGCCUCCCCCUCACCGACGCCAAACACCUCAUUUCGAACCCUUACCUCCCCCUCGAGGCCGGAAUCUCCAUCACCCCCGACGGCAUGCACCACAUCGCCGCCUCAACCUACAUGCCAGGCUCAACCGGCUCCAUGAUAGACUGGUGGUUCGGCUGGAUCCACAAAACACCCCAAUACAAACUCUGGCACCCCCGCGACCACGUCUUCUCCGACUGGGAAGGGCCCCGCGAUAAUAACAGUACUUAUAUCGGCGGGCACCACCUCGUGCACGAAUAUAUUGGUGGAAAACUUGCUAAGCUUAAGAUUUCUUUUGUUGAUCCGGGUGUUUAUUUCGGGGACACUUGGAAGGAGGAUUUUAAGCGGGCGGGGUAUUCAACUGCUGUUUGUGGACGGGUGGGGAAUUGGGAUGAUGAAAGUGGGGAGGUUGUGUAUGGGGGGCAUCUUGUGCAUUUGAUUAAGGAUGAGCCCGAUGGUGUGAGGAUGAGGUCGAGGUUUUGGUUAGGGGAUAUCCCCGGGCUUGAUGCUGAGCAGAGACGCGGGGCGGUGGAUGAGGGGUUUGCCCUGGGUUUGUUGAGGCAUGCGACGGAGGAAAUGGCGAUAUUGGCUUCGAUUUUGCCGGGGAUGUAUGAGAAGUUUGCUGUGAAGGAAUGA